AUGCUGGGGGUCGCCAUCCCACCCCAGGUGAAGCAGGAGAACACGCAACUGAAGCGGCUCAGCCUGGCCCCGAUGGCCCCCCCGGCCCUGCCGCAGGAGGAGCCCCCCGAGGAGGACCCCGACCCUGCCCAGUGCUACAGGCAGCAGCUGAAGGAUCUGCAGGAGAAGAUCUCCUGGCUGCUGGCACAGCGGAAGGACCUCACCAUCCAGGUCCAGGAACUGCAGAGGCAGAACCAGGACCUGCAGGACCAGCUGGAGACCGGGCAGGGGGAGCGGCAGCGCCUGCGGGCAGCCCUGGGCACCAGCCAGCGGGCGCUGAAGUCCUUCAAGAGAGGGACGUGGGCGUCCCUGUCCACGGGAGGUGGCUGUGCCGAGGCUCCCGUGGUGGCACACACCCGCCGUGCUGGUGCCAGCCCCUCGAUGCUGGUGCAAAAGAAGGAGGCGAACAGGCAGAGCACGAUCCUGCUGCAGAGCGUGGGGCCCAGCGCCCAGCUGCUGGCAGCCCUGCAGGAGGUGGGACGCCUGACCCGGGAGCUGGAGGAGGCCAGGCAGGAGCAGCAGCAGCGGGUCCUGCAGGUGAAGGAGCUGGAGGAGCAGCUGGGGAGGCGGCCGGAGCUGGAGGAGCUGGAUAUGGCCCAAGCUGCCCUGGCCGCAGCCGAGGAUGAGAAGCUGCAGCUGAUGAAGCAGCUGCAGGAGGCCGAGGGGCGACUGGUGGGGCUGGAGGAGGAAGUGGGGUCGCUGCGGGAGAAGUUGGCCCAGGGUCCACCACCGCAGAGCCAGACCCCUGAGAUGGUUGCACCCGCACCACCACCACCACCACCUCCACUGCCACCACCCGCACCUGCUGUCCCCGUGGACCCGCUCUCAGUGAUCAGGCAGAGGAAAGGGCUGGCGAACCUGCAGCGCAGCAAACCAGAAGCUGACGAUGUGAAAGCUCGAGCCGUGCAGGAGAUGAUGGAGAGGAUAAAGAAUGGAGUGGUCCUGAGGCCCGCGAAGGAGCGGGUGCCCCUGGGCCAGGGGACAAGGACAUCAGGACGGCUCCAUCCGGGCACUCACUGGGGAGUGAGAACGGGGUCCCGUUCAGACCCCGGGCAGCGGGUGGCCUCCCCAGGACGCGGCCCCUCACUCGCCUGGCUGGAGGCAGGGGAGAGCUGGGGUAGAGGCAGCCAGCCUUCGCCCAGCGCCACCGGAGCCGCACGGCCACAGCAGGGCGAGGAGGGGGCACGGUGGCGGGGACGGCUGCUGUGA